CCGGAGCCGGGUCGAGAUGGAGGAAGAUGCGACCCGAGGCCCAGAGUCGCCGGGAACAGAGGAUAGACUCGGGGCGGCGGCCUAGAGAUCCGAACUUGGAGCCCUCCGCACACGCGGCGGAACCUCCCUGAUUCGAGAAGGUCUGCAGGCACAAUGGAGGACAAACGCAACAUCCAGAUCAUCGAGUGGGAGCACUUGGACAAGAAGAAGUUCUAUGUGUUUGGUGUGGCGAUGACGAUGAUGAUCCGCGUCAGCGUCUAUCCAUUUACCCUCAUCCGCACUCGGUUGCAGGUUCAGAAGGGCAAGAGCCUCUACCAUGGGACCUUCGAUGCCUUCAUCAAGAUUCUCCGAGCAGAUGGGGUGACUGGCCUCUACCGGGGGUUCCUGGUCAACACCUUCACCCUCAUCUCUGGCCAGUGCUACGUAACCACUUACGAGCUCACCCGGAAGUUUGUAGCUGACUAUAGCCAGAGCAACACAGUCAAAUCACUAGUGGCUGGUGGCUCGGCCUCCCUUGUGGCCCAGAGCAUCACAGUGCCCAUCGAUGUGGUCUCCCAGCACCUAAUGAUGCAGCGAAAGGGUGAGAAAAUGGGCCGCUUCCAAGUGCGAGGGAACACAGGGGGACAUGGGGCUGUUGCGUUUGGCCAAACCAAGGAUAUCAUCAGGCAGAUCCUGCAGGCUGAUGGGCUUCGUGGCUUCUACAGAGGUUACGUGGCUUCCCUGCUUACCUACAUCCCAAACAGUGCUGUCUGGUGGCCCUUCUAUCACUUCUAUGCAGAGCAGCUCUCGCACCUCUGCCCUAAGGAGUGCCCUCACAUUGUCUUUCAAGCCAUCUCUGGGCCUCUGGCUGCAGCCACUGCUUCCAUCCUCACCAACCCCAUGGAUGUGAUCCGAACCCGAGUGCAGGUUGAGGGCAAGAACUCCAUCAUCCUGACUUUCAGACAGCUGAUGGCAGAAGAAGGUCCUUGGGGCCUCAUGAAGGGCCUGUCAGCCAGAAUCAUCUCAGCCACACCCUCCACCAUUGUCAUUGUGGUGGGCUACGAGAGCCUCAAGAAACUCAGCCUUCGACCUGAGCUGGUGGACUCGAGACACUGGUAACAGUGAUGGGGAGAAGCCUGUUGCUUCCCAACACUGCCUGGGUCAGGGGCAGAGUGGGGAGGAGAGUACCUUCUCCAGUGUCCCCACUACUGACCUAGCCCUGUCUUGGGCCAGAUGGGUUGUCUGGGACUGGGACAGAGACUUGGAACUGCUCUUGUGGAAGAGGUUCCAUACCUGGAUUCUUGCCCUCAUUUUUCAUUCUCUUGUCAAACUGCCCCCCCACACACACUCAGUCCUGAGUCCUCAGUCCUGCUGUAAGGAAACCCACCUGGUCCCCCACCGGCCCCCACUCUACCUGCCCUGUUCACAUUUCUUCCGAUGCCAGCUAUAUCCCUCAGAUCCUGAAAAGAGCUGUACAUAGAGCUUGCUGACUACCGCUGGUUCUUCCUCUGGGGCUCCCAGCCAGGUUUCCAAGCAUCCCAUCCUGCUUCAUCUCUUAGGCUUGGUCAUUUUUAUUUUGUGACUGAGAUGCCCAUCAGUUUCUCCCUGUCAUUGGAGGCAAGGUGCCAGGUACUUUUGCACAGGGAGUAAUAGCAGCACAAACUUCUAGUUCUCUAGAACACUAGUCCUCUCUUUGAAGAGGUACUAGGUUGGGGAGAAAUGUUGAUACUUAAUUUUGUGGAUAUUUUUUAACAUCUGUGAACUAGGCUACUUGUCGUACUCCUGCUAAAACACCCAGUCCUGCAGUCAGAGCACACCCCUCCCUCAGACAUGUGGAAAAAUGUAAUAUAGCUUUUCCCUCAAUCCCUGUUCCUUGUUCCUCCAUUUUCCCUUUAGUUCAAGCAGCCCCAGGACAAUAUAAGCUGUUAGUUUCCCUUGGCCCAUGUGAUAAGAGUGGUGGACAUAGUCUGGGGCACACUGGCCAUGGAGCACAACCCUGAAGAGUCAGGUCACAAGUAAUUGGAUUAAAAAAUGCCAAGAGGGUAAGUGUGCAUCUCCCCAGACCAGUGAGCCUAGCCUAGGAGAGGGCUUGGGGGGUCUCAGCCCAGCCACUCGACAGACACAAUCACUUGGCCUCCUGGAAACAUGCUUCACAAUGGGAAUCCCUGAAAUGUGGAAUGUGUCUGUUUUUCUUCUCCCUACUGUGAAGAGCCAUUCUAGUCACGGUACCCUCUGGAGGGAUGCUUGGAAGAAAAAAGAGCAGAUCAGGAAGUCACUCAAGACCAAGACCACUGCAUUUACCAGCCUGAUACUGCCGAGAUUAUCUGUGGAAGCUCUCAGGAGCGAGAUGAGCGCUCCUUCUUCCCUUUCUCAUCCUCCUGGCUACUCCCCACCUCCUCCUCCAAGUCUGUGUCCUAGGAGAGAGAGGUGCAGUAAGUGGAAUGAGAGGAGGGCAUGUCAAACUCUGCAUUUCUACUUGAGACAUUUGGCUUAGCUGAGCCUUCAAACCUUAUUGGUCCCACCCCCUGGGAAAGGCCAUGGUGCCAAUUUGAAAGGUGCUAGCUACCUUGAUAUUUCUUACGGUGACCCCACAUUCUGUCACCUGCCAGAUCAGAAGCUGAAACCCAUGUUACUCUGGCUUCACCACCCCGCUGCCUGCCUGGGUCCCUUAUCUUUGAGAGGUAUUGUCCCUUUCACUUAUCAUGAUUUUCAAAUUCUAUUUGUCCCUUGCAUUUUAAGAGCCCUCCAAUUUCUAUUCACAUGUGUUCAUCCAAAGAUUAGACCCACAGAUCAUUCUGAAUCUUCCCUGCCUGUCAGUCACCCCUUAACCAUAAGAAUCAUGAUAUAAUGGAAGCCAAAGCCCCCCAUCUUCCUCUUUAAACUUAACUGAUGAGACCUUUGGAGACCAAUUUCUUCAGCUCCAUACCUUCCCCUCCCUAGAAACUGUCUAGUCCUUCCUCAUAGUGGCAAAGUAUCACAAACCAGGAGCUAGGCCCUGUUUCCAUGUGUUGUGUUUCUUCCCUUCCAGACUCCUUUCCUUCUGUUUUACUUUCUUCUACAGUAUUAAACAGACUUUCACCCCCCUCCCAUGCACACUUUUAAAGGAUGUGUAAAUAACGAAAGGGACUCCUGACCCCUUCCUUUCCAUUUAAUAGUUUAGGGAGUAUGCUUGGGUUAAAGUGCCAUGGUGGGGUUGGGACAGGGGGCUUCCUUUUUCCCAGGACCUUAGACUGGAUCAGCUGGGAUGAUUGCUAUGUAUUAUUGGCUCCUAGCAAAAACAGGAGAAACUUCUGGGAAGCUGCACAGCCGGGAAGCCUCAACUGUUGAGGGACUGGGGAAUGAAAAUGCAGCUGUAGUAAACAUUUGAUAAAGUGGACUCUUGUGAUAAAUAACAGAAAACAUUCACUACUGCACUGUAAGAAGUCUAUGAAAUGUAAUUAAAAAUUUUUAUUGA